UCUGUACCUGUUGAGUCCAAAUAGUUUCCCUAACUCAUCAUGACGGCACUGUUGCUUCGGCGGUCGACAUCUUUAAAGGAGAUGGGAGAUCAGUUAGUGCUUCAACGCAUUCCGUUCGUGCUACAAUCAGAGAGGAGGUGUGAGAAGAGAUCAUCACUGCUGUUGGUUUGUGGAAGUUGUCCAAAUCAGAGAGAAUAUGACAGUGACUAUACCGGAAGAGUUUGUUCCGUAUAUCUUUGCAGCACCAGAUGCUGUACUGAUAAUCCAUAGUGGUGCUCGGUACUUCCAUGUGAAACUGAAGAAUGAUGAAUUGACUGUAGGUUGGGAUCAUGUUGCUCUUACCCACAAUCUUGGAAGGAAUUAUAUCCUUAUGUCUGGGUUAGUUGGACACCUGCAAUUCGACCUAUUUGUGUUUGAUGAAGAAGGGUGUGAGAUUAGCUAUGAUUGGUCUACUACUCUACCAAUUCAUUAAACAAACGCUCCGAUAGGAUGGGAUGCAGAGUUGGCCAUGUCUAAUGCUAAUGCUUCUACGGCUUUAACUGCUUGUCCACCAAGCAGUUUUAGGGCUUCUAGGCAUGCAUUGCGGUGCAAUCUACUACUGUCGCCUUCUGAUCUAGAGAUGCUGGAACUGCCUCCGCGAUUCCAGCUAUUUUGCCAAACUCAUGGCUAUGAAUAUUUUAGAUUGGUGUCGAGAGGAAGAAGUUGGUUUGUGCGGUAUGUGGCUAGGCACUUUGUUGUCUAUGGUUGGAAAUUAUUUGUUGGCGAACACAAACUUGAGAGCUUUGACAUGUUGGUGCUGAGUCCCGAUAUCAACCUCCAAUUGCAUACCAUGGUUUUCAGUGUGAAUGAUUGCGAGCGUAUCUAUUGGUGGUACUAAUGUUAAUUUCGACC